CCAAAAUCUCCGCUCAACCAAAACUCGAUUGAACAUAGUCGGCAUAGAGCGCUUCCCAAGUUACAGCCACGCCCAGGAUUCCUCAACCCACCGCGCGCCUUCAAACCAACGUCGCACAAGCUAACGGCUCUCCGCGUCCCACUGAUCAUGCGCUCAUGCACUUACCCCUCCAGCAUCCCUGUAUCACGGCUUUCCGCUUCCAGCUAGCGUUACACAACCUACCUAUCACGAGCGAGUCGAUCGGUCGUUCGUCGUGCGUUCAACAGAAAGCACUCCUACCUACCCCAGCUUUUUGUCUCAAUCUUCUCUCUCUCUAUUCUCUCCUCCUUCUUCUCCUCAUCUUGUGCAUGUUCCAAUUCCCCAUCUUCACCGCAGUCCAUCGCAUUGCAGCUUCCCCGCAACACCGCCGCAAUGACACUCAGCGAACCCUCCCCGCCACCCCCACCAAGCGUCCCCAACACUAACAACGACACCAACACCACCACCACUCCUCCUCCCGCACCCGCUCCCGCGCCCAUCCACAUCUCGCCGCACCUAACGCUGCAGCCGCCGCUCAGCCGGCGCGGGCACGGCCCCGGUCUUAUCCUCGUCGCGGACCACUACGCGCUGCUGGAGCAGAGCGAGCGCAGUCUUGAUCCGCCGCCGCUGCAGAAGUGGGCCGAGGAGGGGUUUGCCGUCUGCCAGGUGCUGGUGCCCGGGAAGGUGGAGGAUGGCGGCGAGUUUCCGCUCGAGAGGGCGGUGGAGGUGCUGAGGGGGUGUGAGGGGUGUGAUGGAGGGGAGGGGUUUGGACUUAUUUCAUACCUCUCGCGCCUGCCCUUCUACGUCGAAGAAGCCGUCUGCCUCUCCCCGCACAUAAAAGCCAUCAUCUCCUACGGCGGCCGCAAGCUCGGCUCCAUAAACCCCGAAUCCGCAUCCUUCCCGCCGCAGCUACUACACAUCCCCGGGCCCGAAGCCCCGCGUCGCGAAUCCCUCUCCGUUGUACCUGAGCCGGAGAUCGAAGAAGAAGGAGACAAGAGCACGCGUGCCCAAUGCCCCAUAAAAACACACCGCUACCCGUCCGCGAAACGAGACAGCGGCUGGGCCCUCCCCGCCGACGAAGACUACCACGCGCCGAGCGCAGCGCUAGCGCACACACGCAGCCUGCAGUUCCUCAAGCCCCUGCUCAACGGCCCGUUCUUCGACCUCGAAGCUAUAUGGGACGAGCACUGCCGGUACGAGUUCGCGGAGCGCGACGUCGCGCUGACCAUGUCCACGAUGGUCGCGCAACCCUACGUGAACCACAUCCCCACGCUGACCGGCGGCAUCGGCCAGGCCCGCCUCACCGCCUUCUACACGCGGCACUUCAUCUUCGCGAACCCGGACGACACGGCGCUGCAGCUCGUCAGCCGCACCGUGGGGACCGACCGCGUGGUCGACGAGUUCGUGUUCCGCCUCACGCACGACCGGCAGGUCGACUGGCUGCUCCCUGGUAUCCCGCCGACGGGCAGGAAGCUCGAGAUCCCGUUUACGAGCGUGGUGGCGCUGCGCGGGGAUCGCCUGUGCCAUGAGCAUAUCCAUUGGGAUCAGGGGACUGCGAUGCGGCAGGCGGGGCUGCUGCCCGAGUGGGUGCGGUGGGAGGGCGAGAUUGAGGGGAGGAAGGCGGGGCAGGGGAUGCGGUUUGAGGUUAGGUUGCCGACUGCGGGGGUGGAGACGGCGAGGAAGUUGGUGGAUGAGGGGGCGCUGGAGAGUAAUGAGCUGAUGGGGAGGGGUUGGAGGGAGGUGGAGGAUGUUUGAGGGGAAGAGAAGACGGCGAGAUAAGGGGGAAAAGGUUGUGGGUUAUCGUCAUGGGGUAUCGUUAUGAUUUCGGAAUUGGAUGCUCAGGCUGUUUUGGACGGCGGGCACGCAAGCCCCGGGUUUUCGGUUGUGUUCCAGCGAUCGACGGAGAUGGGUG